AUGCCGCCGGCGAAGAAGGCCAAGACGGAGGGCAAGGGCCGCAAGGGGGCCAUUGUCGGCGCAGCCAUCGCCGCCGGCGCCGUUGCCGUGGGCGCUACAAUCGCGGGCAUCGUCUGCAGGAAGGGCGACUCCGGACCGAACGUGGUCUCCGCCGCCGCCUCGCCGCUCAAGAAGGUCCCCUCGCGCUUCAACGCCGAGGUCGACACGAAGGAAGUGUCCUCCUGGCUCCCCGGAGGCAACGAGAGCCUCUUCGAGACGCACGAGCUAGCGCUCCUCAACGGGCUCCGCGCAGAGGGCCAGGAGCACCUCUGGGCCAACUGGCCGCCCAAGGGCAAGGAGGACGCGAAGAAGAAGGCGUUCGUCAAGCAGCUGUGCGCCCUCGACGACACGUACAAUGGCGGCCUCGGCCAGUACAUCCGCAACGCCCGCGGCCUGCUCAAGGACGCCAAGGAGGGCACCAACCCCCUCGACGGCUACACGCCCUCCGUGCCCGAGGGCCGGAAGCUCGACGUGUUCUCCGGGGAGUUCCUGGAGAUGGAGGCGUCCGGUCUGCGCGCGGCCCACAGCGCGGCGUUCGUCCUCGUCGCGGGCGGCCUCGGGGAGCGCCUGGGCUACUCGGGCAUCAAGGUGUCGCUCCCCGUGGACCAGGCGAGCGGGAUGUGCUACCUCGAGCUGUACAUCCGCAGCAUCCUGGCGCUGCAGACCAAGUCCGGGAGGGAGCUGCCGCUCGCGAUCAUGACGUCGGACGACACGCACGACCGCACGAUCAUGCUCCUGAAGUCCAAGUCGUACUUCGGGAUGAAGGCGAGCCAGGUGACGCUGAUCAAGCAGGAGAAGGUGGCGUGCCUCAUGGACAGCGACGCGCGGCUGUCGAUCGACCCGAAGGACGCGUACGCGGUCGAGACGAAGCCGCACGGGCACGGCGACGUGCACGCCCUGCUGCACAGCUCCGGGCUGGUCGACAAGUGGGCCGCGGAGGGCUUCGAGUGGGUCUGCUUCUUCCAGGACACCAACGCCUUUGCGUUCCGCGGCCUCAUCGCCGCCCUCGGCGUCUCCGCGAACGAGGGCUACGACAUGAACAGCAUCGCGGUGCCCCGGCGGGCCAAGGAGGCGGUCGGCGCGAUCGCGCUGCUGGAGCCCACGCAGGGCUCGGGGAACCGCCGCAUGACGAUCAACGUGGAGUACAACCAGCUGGACCCGCUCCUGCGCGCGACGACCAACCCGCAGGGCGACGUGAACGACGCGUCCGGGUUCUCGCCGUUCCCGGGCAACAUCAACCAGCUGAUCCUCAAGGUCGCGACGUACAAGCAGGUCCUGCACGAGACGGGCGGGAUCAUCGCGGAGUUCGUGAACCCGAAGUACAAGGACGACACGCGCACGGCCUUCAAGAAGUCCACGCGGCUGGAGUGCAUGAUGCAGGACUACCCGAAGUGCCUCCCGCGCGGCGCGCAGGUCGGCUUCACGUCGAUGGACCCGUGGUUCGCGUACUCGGCGGUGAAGAACUCCCCCGCCGACGCGCUGGGCAAGUACAAGAACGGGGACCCCACGCACAGCGCGACGUCGGGCGAGCUGGACUGGUACGCGCACAACGCGCGGCUGCUCGAGCAGCUCACGGGCGCGAAGAUCGGCCCGGCGCAGAAGCUCACGUUCAACGGGAUGGCCAUGGACGUCCCGCCGCUGGUCUCGCUGGGCCCGCGGUUCGCCACCACGCUCGCGGGGCUCUCGAAGCGGGUCCGCGACCUGGACCUCGCGCAGGGGUCGAGCCUCGUCGUCGACGGCGACGUGUGGAUCGACGGGCUGACGGUCGAGGGCGCGGUGGUGUUUGACUGCGCCCCGGGGGUGCGGCUCGAGGUCACCGGGCUGACGGUGAAGAACGGCGGGUGGGGGCUGACGAACGUCGACAGCAACGACAACUCCGAGCCCGAGGAGCUCCGCAUCCGUGGCUUCAAGCUGGACAAGUUCGAGGAGCUGCGCAUCACGAUCACCAAGGCCGGCGUGUACGAGAUGACGGGGGAGGACAAGGCGCCGCGCCUGAAGCCCAACUUCACGUCCAGCACGACGAUGCUGCCGGCGCGCGACAGCAGCAAGAACCUGGGCCGCUCGCUGACCGGGGCGGGGCGCUGA